AUGUCCACAGAAGCAUCGGCAGAUAAAAACAUCUCCUUCUACGUUAAUGAGCCACCAAUAAAUUCAGAUGUUGAAACUUUCUUUGUCAACUAUGCUUCUAUUCCAAGUUCAGCCUUACGUGAACAUCUAAUCAAUAUACGCCAGCGGGCAUGGGAAAAGCGCAAUUAUCCGUGCCUUGGUCGCUGGGCUUUUCUAGACUUUUCCAUUCAACAGAGCCCCAUUUACCAAGAAAUUCUGGAUCAAUGCAAAAACCAUGGCGCUACAUUGAUCGAUUUUGGAUGUUGUCUUGGUCAAGACAUUCGACAACUCGUAUACGAUGGUGUACAUCUCGAUCGACUACGCGGCUACGAUCUUGAAUCAUUCUUUAUCGAACUAGGCUACGAAUUGUUUUGUGAUGGUGAAGUAAUGAAAGAAAACAAAAUAUUCACUGUAGGAGAUAUAUUUGAUGAUGAUUUUCUCAACGGUGUAGAACCGGCCGAUUAUGUCUACGUUGGUGCAUUUAUACAUCUGUUUGAUACACCAACACAGCGAGAAGUAUGUCGACGACUUACUCGCUUGGCUAAACGUGCCAUUACUGGUCGACAGGUUGGUGCCUCGAUACCAGGUGAAUAUUCUCGAACAUUUGAUUUUCCGAGCAGCAAAUCAAUGCGACAUUCACCAGAAACUUUUACACAAAUGUGGAAUGAAGUUACUGAAUGCGCAUGGCAAGUCGAAAGUGCUUAUCUAAAGACAGCAUACAAUAUGAAAAGUACUAAUGAACGACUUACUUUUGUAGUCAGGAGCCAUGAACAGAAGUAA